GGCUGGCUCUCUAGUGCCUAUCACUGCAGUCUGUAUUUUGUACCAGCCAAAUCAGCUUGAGGGUGUUUGAUGCUUUUUUACAGGAUGUAAGAACCCUCACUGUAAGCAAGAGACAAGAGGGGUUUCAUGUCUUCCCUAAACUUUACCACCCCCUUCCAUCCUCCUACUUUCCUCCUGGCUGGCAUUCCUGGGCUGGAGAAGGAGCAGUUCUGGAUUGCCUUUCCCUUCUGCAUCAUGUAUACCAUUGCUGUGCUGGGGAACAUCACCCUUCUCAUCAUUAUAAAGACAGAGCCAAGCCUGCAUGAGCCCAUGUACCUCUUCCUGGCCAUGCUGGCCUUCACUGACUUGGUCCUCUCUACAUCCACGCUUCCCAAAAUGCUUGGCAUCUUCUGGCUUGGCUCCAGGGAGAUUGGGUUUCUUUCCUGUCUUGCUCAGUUGUUCUUCAUCCACACCUUCUCGUCGGUGGAGUCAGGCGUGCUCAUGGCCAUGGCCUUGGAUCGCUAUUUCGCCAUUUGCUACCCCCUGCGGCACUCCAGCAUCCUCUCCAUGCGGGUGGUGGUGGCCCUUGGGAUCCUGGUGCUGGUGCGCGGGGUGCUUCUGGUGAGUCCCUUCUGCUUCCUGCUCCACAGGCUGUCCUUCUGCCAGCAUCAUGUUAUCUCCCAUUCCUACUGCGAGCAUAUGGCCGUGGUGAAGCUGGCGUGCGGGGACACCAGAGUCAAUGUCAUUUACGGCCUCUUUGUGGCUUUUGUAGUGACAGGAUUUGAUAUAGUCCUGAUCUUUGUGUCCUACACGAUGAUCCUGCGGGUGGUAAUGAGACUGUCAUCCACGGACACACAGCUCAAGGCCGUUAGCACUUGUGCAUCCCAUGCCUGUGUCAUCCUUGCGUUUUAUGUCCCUGCCCUCUUCACGUUCCUCACCCACCGCUUUGGGCAGAGCGUCCCUCCCCAUGUCCAUAUAAUGGUGGCCAAUCUCUACCUGCUGGUGCCCCCCAUGUUAAACCCCAUCAUUUACGGUGUGCGAACCAAGCAGCUCUGUGAAAAGAUGGUCCUCCUCUUCCAGCAGAAGGGAGCCUGA